AAAAAAAAAAAAAAUAAAAAAAAGUGACAACUAAAAUAAAAUAAAAUAAAAAUAAAAAUAUGUCAUAUUCACCUGAACUUUCUCCUAAUAAUUAUUCUGAUGAAGAAAAGACAAGUCAUACAAACACUCAACCUACCAUCAAGUUGAAAUUGAAACUUAAUCCUUUCCCUUCCGCAACCACAGUAGAUGAUAAAAAGAAAAGGAAGCACAAGAAGAAACAUAAAAAGAAGCAUAAAAAAGCAAAAUAUACUGAAGAGGAGACUUAUUAUGAUGAAGAUCAUGAAGACAAUCAUUCAAUUGAAUCAACACCCCAUGUUUUUGUAGGUGGUAAAAGGCCAUUUGCUUUAUUACAACAACAACAACAACAACAUUAUCCACAAUCAGACGAUGAAAACAACGAUGACGAGAGUGAUCACUAUGAACCAAACGAAUCGGAUGCAGAAACUUAUCAUUCAACAGAUACAACACGUUCAAAGACUAGUAAAACCUAUCGGUAUGAAUCAACGAGUCCAACUUAUCCAUCAAAGCUUGCAACACCAGAGCCUAUGAUACCUGAAAAAUUAACAUCGAAUGAACCACAGCAAGCUAAAAAGCCAUCAAAGCUGGGUAGACGACCAUCUUCAGUAAAACCUAAUAAUGGUGAAAAACCUAAAAAACGAGGCCGACCCACGAAUAAAGCAAGGGCUGCUGCCUUAUUAGCUUCACUUCCACCUAAAGUGCCUGAAUCUCAGAAAAAGGAUCUAAAAACAGUCCUUUUGAAAUUAUUGGACAAUAUUGAAAAGAGAGAUGCUUAUGGAUUUUUCUUAGAACCUGUUGAUCCUAAAUUAGUCCCAGAUUAUUUGAAAAUUAUUAAAUCACCAAUGGACUUUUCUACGAUGCGCAAAAAGAUCAUGGCAGGCGAAUAUACAAAAGCAGAUGAUUUUAGACAUGAUUUCAAUUUGAUUGUAAAUAAUGCUAAAUUAUAUAAUGCGGUAGACACUAUUUAUUGGAAAAGUGCAGAUAAAGUGUAUGAAAUUGGUUCAAAAUUAAUAGAUCGAGCAGAAAAACAGAUUGAAGAGGAAAAACUGAACGAAGCAUCUCAAGAGGCAACCAAUAAUACAGAUGGUUAUUAUCAACACAAAAUACAGGAUAGCCUUUCUUCAAGAAAGGUAUCCAUCUCAUUUUCUAGUCGCAAAGAUUCAUUUACUAUUAAAGAAGAAGAUGUAGAUAUUAUGGGCAUUGAUACAAGUAUACCUACCUUACGUAAACAGAGUAGACAAGGCUCAGAGAUGAAUACAAGAGAAACAAGUGUAGACGUGGCCAGUUCACGUGGAAUAACUCCUAUUCGUUCUGUCAGUGCACCUUACAAAAAGAAAAAGAAGAAGGUUGCUGACACAGGCGUUAUUUAUGGUCCAGAUGGGUCACUUCAUACAGUAGGAGGAGUGUCUGAAUUAGAUACUUUAUUACCAAAGGAUCCUCCUUUUGCAGAUCCUCCUCAACUUAUCACAGCCAAUCCUGCUGCCCUUCCUUCCGCUUUCUUUUUAAAUCGACAUUCAGCAGAUGAGUUUUAUAAUAACAAGCAUUUAAUUCAUUCUGCUCGUUUUUGCGACUUUGGGCCUUUUACAACAUUAGGUGGACAACCACCUGGGGCAUUUUAUACGGCUUUAGAUGCCUCUUAUAUCUAUCCAUUAUAUGGUGAUGAUCGAGGAGAAGCCUAUAUGAAGAGUUUAUGGGAUUUUGUAGACGAAGAUGAUGAACCCAUGUUCAAAGAGAAAAUCGAAGCGACUGCCACUCAAUUAACGCGUGGUGCAUGGAAAGUAUUACAACAGGCAUUAGAAAGAAAGAAUGAGAACUUUGAAAAGAAAGGAAUAGAUGAGACAACAUUAAAUAGAUAUGAGACUAUUGAAACAGAAUUUGGGCCUGUAGAUGCAGCUACUAUAGUGGAUAAAAUAGAAACAAAAAUGAAUACAUGGACAGCCGUAAACCAAAAUCAACAACUUGAGCAACAGCAAGACAAUGUUAAAAUCGAAACUCGACCUUUAUCAGAAUCUCCUGCUAUCACAACUUUAACCCCUUCAGAACCUAUGCCUAUGUAAAUUGAUUCUUUUUUUUAACAUAUAAUAAAUAAAUAAAUCAUUGUGUGUGUGUGUGUGUGUUUU